AUGUAUUUCUUUUUGUUAGGUGAACCUAAUCCUAUAUUACGUGCAAAACGUACUGGUAAAGUCUCAUCUCAACAAGAUACUCCACAAGUUGCUUCAAAUAUAUCAACAAAAAUGAAUCUUGGCACAGCUGGUAAUAUUGUUAUUAUGGGUAGUAAAAAUGGAGAUAAUACAUCAACAAAUAAUAAUCCAACAACAUCAUAUGAUCAAGCAGCUAUAUUACAAGCACUUUGUCAAGCAGGUGUUAAUCCAUUACAUCAUGAUCCAACAGGAGAUGAUUCAGAUACAGAUUCUGAUGAUGAAAGUGGUUCAGAUGAUGAAUCACUUGACAGUGAUGAUGAUAAUAAUCAAUUAUCGGAUAUGGAUGAUGAUGAUGAUGAUGAUGACGAUGAUGAUGUAGCACAUUUAAUAAGUAAAAAUUCUCGAGGACGACCACGUCGACAAACAAAUAAAAAUUCAAGUCAUAAAAAAUCUUCUUCGACACGUCGUUCAACAACAACAUUAACAACAAAUUCUCAGAAUAAAAUUAAACAAAAUAAAAGUGAUACAGAUGAUGAUGACUCAUCAGGUGAUGAAGAUCUUGAUGAUUUAGGUGUUGGUAAUGAUACAAAUAAUAAUUUAAGUAACAUUGUUAAUCCACUUGAUAAUGAUCCAUCAUUAUUAGUGCCAGCUGAUUUUUCUAAUCCUGAUUAUGUUCAAAAUCUUGUUAAACCACAUCGUAAACGACGUACACAUUUACCUAUAGAUGAUCAACCUAAAACCAUACGUUGUCCACAAUCAGGUUGUACAAAAAUGUUUCGUGAUACAGCUUCAAUGAAUAAACAUUUACAUACACAUGGACCACGUGUACAUGUUUGUCAUGAAUGUCAAAAAUCAUUUGUUGAAAGCUCUAAAUUACGUCGUCAUCAACUUGUACACACUGGUGAAAAAGCAUUUCAAUGUCCCUUUGAAGGAUGUGGAAAACGUUUUUCACUUGAUUUUAAUUUACGUACACAUGUUCGAAUACAUACAGGUGAUAAACCUUACGUAUGUCCAUUUGAUGGUUGUAGUCGACGUUUUGCCCAAUCAACUAAUCUCAAACAACAUCUUCUUACACAUGCAAAAAUUCGUUCACAUCAACCAUUUGCUAUUCCAGCUGUUGCUGUUACUAUUACAGAAAUUCAACCUCAGUAUUAA